AUGACUUCUUCAUCCUGUGUCAAGUGGAUCAUAUCUAGUCGCAACUGGCAGGACAUUGAGGAGAAACUUGAAAAUGUAAAGCAAAAAGUCAGGUUCCACCUCGAAUUGAACAAGGACUUGACCUCUACUGCUGUCCGCAUAUACAUCCGGCAUAAGGUUGAGGCCUUGGUAGAGCAAAAGAAAUAUAAUUACCAAAUGCGGGAUGCCUCUACUAAGAGCUCUAAAGCACUGAUAUUUAGGAUGUACUUGACGUUAUUGAAAAAAUACCUUCUGGCUUGGAAGCUCUAUAUAAUCGAAUGA